AAAAUCUCAAGGUCAAAUCUCUUGUAACUAACAAUCCAUUCAAUGAAUUUCUAAAAUCUCCAAUUAAAAUCCAGUUUACAAGAUCAUAAUCUAUAUCUAAAAUCUAUAUCAAUCUCGAAAUGGCUAGCCUUCUAACUCGUCACUUCCCAUGGUUUCCCCGUCCUCGGUUUCACUUCCUGAAAUGGUGGACAAGGAAAACUAUGAGAUAAACUCACUGGAGUAGUUAUGGCUAUGGAAGAUCUUGACUUUAUUAUUAAAAAGUAUUCUUGUGUAACAAAGAUGGAAGUGAAUUGUGUGCUUGAGACCCGCGUGCCCUGCUUUUCCUCUCCCCCGACCCUCUGCACCCGACGAGCUCCCCCGUUAUCGCCACCCAUUUUCCGGCCAGAACACCGGCAAAGCUUAGGGAUUUCUCCCUAUAUUCUUGUUCUUGAACCCAGAAAUCCCCCCUCUUUGCUGGAAAUUCCAGAUCUGCGUUGUCUUCUCCUCUCUGUCCGUCGGCCUCUGCUUGUGUGGGUGUGAAUUCUCGGCUUUUCUGGUAAGAACAGCCAUGAUUUCAUCCUUUUAGCUUUGAUUUAAGUUGGGUUACCUUAAUUUCCUCUUGUUUCUCUCAAUUUUGGGUGGUUCCCGUGAGUACCCUGCAGCUUGCUGCCGGCUUCUUCUCCCUGCUAGCUCCGGUUUUGCUUGUUAAAUUCCGGUUCCUGAUUGUUCUGUCAGUUAGCACUGAGAUUGAGUGCUCGGUUUGAUGCGAGUGAGGUAAGUAAAUCAUGGUAAAGCCCUUCGAUUUCAAAGCAUGUUUUAAUUGUUUUAAGAUGGUGGCAAGGUUGUAAUUGAUUUUAAAUUGAUUUUACCAGCACCUGAGUGUGAUUAAACUGAAAUGGAAGUUUUGAUGAUUUUAAUGAGAAUUUCAUGGUUUUUCUGGAAAUGAGCAUGAUUGACUUGAAAUAAGAUUAUUAGUCUUUU